AUGUCGGACGAACCUUUGACUUUCAAUCUCGAAGUCGCGAUCCACACAAUUCUUUAUGUUAGGCAGGUAUAUCCACCUGAUCUGUUUGUCAGGAGGAAGAAGUACGAGACACCUGUCUAUCAAUCUCGGCAUCCUGCGUUGAAUGAGUACAUUUCCGGUGCUGUGAAGGCGGUCAGCGAUGAAAUGGCACAGGGAACUGUGGAGAAGGUGGUCGUCGUGAUCAAGAACAAGGAACAAGUGCCGUUAGAGCGAUUUAUAUUCUCCAUUGACAAUAUGAUUGAGGUCGAGUCGUUCAACAAGUCCACUGGUGUAGUGGAUGCCAUGACUGCCAAAUCCCUCGUCCAAUACUUCCGCUCCUUUCUAAUCAAGCUCUGUAUGAUCGAGGCCUCGUUAGGGCAAAUGGAGCUUGGAGAAUCAUCAAGACGAUAUUUCGUUCGCUAUCCUUCUGGAACUCAAGGAUCAGGCCGCACCUUCGGCUUCGCAAACCAAGGACCCUCCUCCUUGGAUCCCGGCGGAAGCACAGCAUACGACGCGAGGAACGUCUGA